GCACCUUUCCCAUUUCAGAAGCACUUUUUCUCAAAGCAGAUGCUACUUCUUUUCUUCUGUGCCUCCAUCCCGUAUUCCACUCUUUUCUGUUGACGGCUGGUGAGUCUGGACUUAUGGGUUGUUGGGGGGAACGGACAGCCUGGCUCCCAUGAUACAUGUACCUCCUCAUCGUGGGAGAUCAUCCGUCCAAUACAUGUUCUCUUCUCCGUUGGACGCACUUGCACCGAGCGUUUAUACAAGUCUCGGUUACCACAUAACAACUCGGUAGUUUUCUUCAGCAAUAGAAAUUGCCCGCGUGGGGGGUACGUCGAGGAAUGAUGUACUCACAGUGUUGGGGCCGUUUCCUGCCUCUCAUCACCUCAAAAUUAUUGUCUCGAUCCCGAGCGGUAGGCCCAGGAUGGGGAUUCUUUCUUACGAAUGGUGGCGAUAACACAGGAAAAGCAGUCUCGCUUCUCCAAGCAAGACGAAUAUCAAAUGCCAGUCUGAUUGGAUGUGGAAGGUUUCCAAGUCAUCUUUACGGCUGAGAAAAAUAAUGCAGUCUCAAAAGGUCUUAGACCGUUCUCUCUCUCUCUCUCU